CAACUGGCAACGUGGAAGCAAAAGUAGUAUGCUUCUAUAGACGACGAGAUAUUUCCAACACGCUUAUAAUGCUUGCAGAUAAGCAUGCUAAAGAAAUUGAGGAAGAAUCUGAAACAACCAUUGAGGCUGACUUGACUGAUAAACAGAAACAUCAGUUGAAACAUAGGGAACUCUUUUUGUCUCGCCAAUAUGAAUCUCUGCCUGCAACACAUAUCAGGGGGAAAUGCAGUGUUGCCCUUCUGAAUGAGACAGAGUCAGUAUUGUCAUAUCUCGAUAAAGAGGAUACCUUUUUCUACUCAUUGGUCUAUGACCCCUCUGUGAAAACACUAUUAGCUGACAAAGGUGAGAUCAGAGUGGGACCUAGAUAUCAAGCAGACAUUCCAGAAAUGCUCUCAGAAGGAGAAUCAGAUGAGAGGGAACAGUCAAAAUUGGAAGUUAAAGUUUGGGACCCAAAUAGCCCACUUACAGAUCGACAGAUUGACCAGUUUUUAGUUGUAGCACGUGCUGUUGGGACAUUCGCUCGAGCCCUUGAUUGCAGCAGUUCUGUACGGCAGCCUAGUUUGCAUAUGAGCGCAGCUGCAGCUUCCCGAGACAUCACUCUGUUUCAUGCUAUGGAUACAUUAUAUAGACACAGCUAUGACUUGAGCAGUGCAAUAAGUGUCUUAGUGCCACUUGGAGGACCUGUUUUAUGCAGAGAUGAAAUGGAAGAAUGGUCAGCCUCUGAAGCUACUUUAUUUGAAGAGGCACUGGAAAAAUAUGGCAAAGACUUCAAUGAUAUACGUCAAGACUUUCUCCCUUGGAAAUCAUUGACUAGCAUCAUUGAAUAUUAUUACAUGUGGAAAACUACUGACAGAUACGUGCAGCAGAAACGUCUAAAAGCCGCAGAAGCAGAGAGUAAACUGAAACAAGUGUAUAUCCCAACUUACAAACCGAAUCCCAACCAAAUAUCCACCAGCAAUGGCAAACCUGGUACUGUGAAUGGGGCCGUGGGAACCACAUUCCAGCCGCAGAAUCCCCUCUUAGGGCGAGCCUGUGAGAGCUGCUAUGCUACACAGUCUCAUCAGUGGUAUUCUUGGGGUCCACCUAAUAUGCAGUGUAGAUUAUGUGCAACCUGUUGGCUCUAUUGGAAAAAAUAUGGCGGCCUGAAAAUGCCCACUCAGUCAGAAGAAGAGAAGUUAUCUCCCAGCCCACCUACAGAGGACCCCCGUGUCAGAAGCCACAUGUCCCGCCAAGCCAUGCAGGGGAUGCCCGUCCGCAACACUGGGAGCCCAAAGUCUGCAGUGAAGACCCGCCAAGCUUUCUUCCUUCACACUACAUAUUUCACAAAAUUUGCUCGUCAGGUCUGCAAAAAUACCCUCCGGCUGCGGCAGGCAGCGAGACGGCCGUUUGUUCCUAUUAAUUAUGCUGCCAUUAGGGCAGAAUAUGCAGACAGACAUGCUGAACUCUCCGGAAGUCCCCAGAAAAGCAAAAGCACCAGGAAACCUUUGGCAUGUAUCAUUGGGUAUUUAGAGAUCCAUCCUUCAAAGAAACCUAAUGUAAUUCGAUCUACACCAACUCUACAAACUCCCACUACCAAGCGGAUGCUGGCCACCCCCAAUCACACGACUCUGAGCAUUUUGGGGAAAAGAAACUACAGUCAUCACAAUGGCCUGGGUGAACUCACAUGCUGCGUGUCAGACUGAGCUACCCCUGUUUCAUCCUAUAAUCCAAGACUUGCUCCACUGCCCUGCUGCUGUUCAUGGCCGUGCCUGGGAAGGAGGCAGCCGCAUCCCCAGUACCUUUCAGUGGGAGACCUCCAUGCACACCCCAUGGAGACUCGAUGAGGGGGGAGGGGGAAGAAACUGUAGGAGUGCACGCCACAAAAGCUGAGUCUCCCUGUGUGAAUCAGUGUCACCUCGCUUUCCUCAGAGACCUCGCUGUCCCCGAGAGACCUGCCUGAGAAUUAAGGGCAAGAGGGAGCCACUCCGCUUCCUCCCUUCUCCGCACCCUGCAUCCCUGCACAGCAGCUCUUGGGGCAGGAGGGCGGCUGAGAGCUCCGAGCCACUGCUGUCCUGCAUGCGCCAGCUCAGCUCUGCUGUAAGCUGUAUGACCAUGUACAGGAGGGACAUGGCAUCUUUCUGAAUGGAUUUUUCUUAACAAAUGUGCCAGUGUUUAUGCAAUUCACAACAUUUCCCUUGUCCUCGCUGUUACUGUCACUGGCUUUUUCUCAGUCGGCUUCAUAGUAAUUUUUUUUUUAAUGGGGAAAUUUUCCUCUUUACCUCCUGCAUCCUAUAUUUGAUCCCUUCCCUACCCCUCCAAGGUACAGACUUACCCGAGGUCCUGACAAAUGAUAAGAAAAGUGUCUUUGGGAA